AUGGAAUCAACCUGUGCAUCCCUGAGUGGCAAUCUAGCUAAAGUUGGUGAGGGAAUUGGAAGAAACAGGAGAACUGAGUUCUGCGGUGAGCGUGCAAGGGGAAGUGUGAACACAAGGUUUUUGAAUUUUCAGUCAUGCAAAACUUCACGAACCAAUAAGAAUCUUAGAAACUCCAAGCCUUCUGGAAUUGCACGUGCUGUUCUCACAUCAGACAUCAACGAAGAUUCCGUGGCAUUUCAGGGCGUACCCUCUUUUGAGACACCCGAAGUGGACCCAAAAAGUGUGGCUUCUAUCAUUUUGGGCGGAGGUGCAGGAACUCGUCUCUUUCCUCUUACUGGCAGAAGAGCCAAGCCCGCGGUUCCAAUUGGAGGGUGUUGCAGACUCAUAGAUAUCCCCAUGAGUAAUUGCAUCAACAGUGGCAUCCGAAAAAUAUUCAUUUUGACGCAGUUUAACUCUUUCUCUCUCAACCGCCACCUGUCCCGCACAUACAGCUUUGGAAAUGGCAUGAAUUUUGGAGACGGAUUUGUGGAGGUCUUGGCUGCUACUCAGACACCUGGAGAGACAGGGAAGAAAUGGUUCCAAGGAACAGCUGAUGCUGUUAGGCAAUUUAUAUGGGUUUUUGAGGAUGCCAAGAAUAAAAAUGUGGAGCAUAUAUUGAUACUUUCUGGGGAUCAUCUUUACCGGAUGGACUAUAUGGACUUUGUACAGAGACAUGUUGACACAAAUGCUGAUAUCACAGUUUCAUGUGUACCCAUGGAUGACAGCCGGGCAUCAGACUAUGGACUGAUGAAAAUCGAUAAAACAGGACGAAUUGUACAGUUUGCAGAAAAACCUAAGGGAUCAGAUCUAAAGGCAAUGCGUGUUGACACCACUCUUCUAGGGUUAUCGCCACAAGAAGCAGAACAAUAUCCUUAUAUUGCAUCCAUGGGUGUCUACGUGUUUAGAACUGAAACCCUGCUGCAACUAUUAAGAUGGAAAUGUUCUUCAUGCAAUGACUUUGGAUCUGAAAUUAUCCCAGCUGCUGUGAGCGAGCACAAUGUCCAGGCAUAUUUGUUCAAUGACUACUGGGAAGAUAUUGGAACUAUAAAGUCCUUCUUUGAUGCAAACCUUGCCCUUACAGAACAGCCUCCUAAAUUUGAAUUUUAUGAUCCAAAGACACCUUUCUUCACUUCCCCAAGAUUCCUUCCACCGACUAAAAUGGAAAAAUGCAAGAUUGUGGAUGCAAUUAUUUCUCACGGUUGCUUCUUGAGGGACUGUCGCGUUCAGCAUUCUAUUGUUGGAGUACGCUCACGUUUAGAGUCUGGUGUGGAGCUUCAGGAUACUAUGAUGAUGGGUGCUGACUACUAUCAGACUGAAUCUGAAAUUGCAUCUUUACUGGCACAAGGAAAUGUUCCAAUUGGUGUUGGGGAAAAUACCAAGAUCAGGAAUUGCAUAAUCGACAAGAAUGCCAGAAUAGGAAGAAAUGUGAUCAUCGCAAAUACAGAUGGUGUUCAAGAAGCUGACAGGGCCAAGGAAGGAUUCUACAUUCGGUCUGGCAUCACGAUUACAUUGAAAAAUGCAACAAUUAAAGAUGGAACAGUUAUAUGA